AUGAAAAAAAAUUCUAAAGUGUUACCAGAAAUUUCCUUCAAUAUUGCGAAGCAAGAAGCCCUGGAUUACAUUAAUCGGGGGGAAGAAAAGCCAGGAUGUAUUGUUAAAGAGGUUAACCCUGUGAUAGGAAAAGGAUUAUUUGCUAAUAAAGAAUAUACUGCAGGAGAAUUCAUUAUGGAAUAUGCAGGAGAACUAAUCAACAGAAAAGAAGGUUUGAAACGUGAAAAAUGUUACCCUCUCGAAAAAGGAAGUUACAUAUACUUCUUUCUUUUCGAUAGUAAAAAAUUCUGCUUGGAUGCCACAAACUCUACAAAGCAUGGGGGAUAUGCAAAUGAUGCAGCACCAGAUGAUACACAACAUAAUGCUGUAAUGAAAUGUGUAUCAAAUAAAGGAAGACCCCACUUGGCAUUGUUUGCGAUGAGGAAAAUAGCAGCAGGAGAAGAAGUCAGAUAUGAUUAUGGUGUCCCAAAUCUUCCAUGGCGUAGAAAGGCUGAUGAUGUAUUACAAUGUGAAGCUGAAGGGCAGCACCACGAAAAUACAUUGUUAAAAAAGUGCUCAGUUUUGCUGAAAAGAGUAUCAGAAAAAGUCCUGAACAAAAUUAGAAAAGAUGUCCCCAGAGCUAAUCCACCUGAACUAAAUCAUUCAAAUAGCCAACCAGAGACACAAUACAUCAUACAGGGACCCUCAGCACAAGACGUUCUUCAUGAGGCAGCACCCAGUGAUGCAGUAGUUGCUGAUGUAGAAGAGAAAGCUAGAGAUACACAGAUGAAGAGGAAAGAAGAGACAACCUUUAAACCUGACAGAGGAACAGGAGGAAGACGUGGUAGAUUGCAUGAGAUUAUCUGCGCCGCGCCGCACCCCGCAAAAGUGGCGAAAGGGAAUUUUGGUCCAGUGGGAGCACUGUUUGAGAAGACAUCAGACAUAGUAGGGUUCUUGAGCCUAAGGAUAUUGUGCAACACGCAACUAGCAAGUAUUAUGGUGCUUACUCUAUCCGGACUUUGA